UUAUUGGCUGUGCUGUUGUCUAAAUCUUUCUUUCUGAUGUUAAAUAAGUGUACAAGUGUGUUUUGUGUAAUAUUAGUAUUGGGACUAAUACUUUAGGAAUUUUUUUACAAAAUUUAAGAAAGACAGCAGCCUUUUUUUCAGUGAAGUUUCUCCAGCACUGAGACUGGAGCAAUAUUAGCAUUAGCCGCUAAUGCUCGUUCAGAGCUCCCAGAUGUUCCCACAAUGAGAGAGAGAGAAAGAGAGAGAGAAAGAGGGAGACGGGAGUGGGGUGGAGUAGAGCAGGGCAGUGUACUGGAGAGUAGUAAAGGAUUAGAGGAACAGCAGAACCUCUUACAGCUCUGCAGACUCUUCAAGGUGAAGGUUAAGAUGUUGGAGGCCACCCUGUGUUUGCAGCUGUUUGUUGCCCUGCUCGUUGUGUCCAGAAUUAAUGGCAGGGUCGUGGCUCCAGGUCGUCAGGAGGCUGUUGUAGAGCGGCCCUUCACCCUCACCUGCACACUGGCGAAGACUAAAGGGGAAUCAAUCAAACAGGUGCGCUGGCUGGACAUGCACAACCAGACACUGAUCUCCUAUAUACCCGGUCAGCCGGCCACUGUGAGUGGACAGCAGCACGUCGAGCUGGGGACUGGAUCCCGGGAGACCAGCAACGUGAUCAUCAAGCGCGUCAGCCACAGGGACGAGGGCUGCUACACCUGCAUCUUCGAUGUGACUCCGUCCGGGUCUAAAGAGGGACACACGUGCCUGACGGUCACUGCAUCAGUGACUCAGGACGGCAAUAAGACGGCGGUCAGUGGAAAGCAGGCGUCGCUGUCCUGUCAGUAUGGCCUGCCUGAGAAGGUGGAGCAGGUGCUGUGGAAGAAGCUGGCAGGGCGUGGUGAAAGUCAGGAGGUGGCAUCGUACGCUAAGCGCAGUGGCCCCACCGUAAAUGAGGAUUAUGCUGACCGCACAAGCCUGAGCCACUCGCUGUCAGACUCUCAGCUCACCUUACGGCCGGUGAGGACCGAGGACGAGGGCUGCUACUCCUGCGAGUUCCACACCUUCUCCGAGGGCAUCAAGAGCGCCACCACCUGCCUCACUAUUUUUGUGCUUCCUAAACCUCAAGUGAGCUACAAAACUACAUCUCCAGGAGUGAUUGAAGCGAACUGCACUGCUGUAUCUCGUCCAAAGGCUGAAAUCGUCUGGAACGUGGAGGGGGACAACAGGACCAUGGGCCCACCUGUGUCCGUAGCCAUAGCCCAGGCAGACGGCACCACGCUGGUCAUCAGCACCCUGACUGUACGGUCUGGAAUCCUGAAGGACGUGUCUGUCAAAUGCCUAGUCCAUCACAAAGGGCUGGAGUCCGCCAUCGCCGUGUCCAUGAACACCAAGAUUGGAACAGCUCUGGCCAUCUUGAUCUCGGUGACUGCAGUGGCCUUUCUGCUGGUUAUCUGUCUGUGUAUCUGCCUGUGGAAGUGUGUUCUGCGUAAAGAUGACUGAAGCAUGCAGAGACCACCUGAGGGGUCUGAAGGAGAAGAAGACGAUGAGCUUCAGCUCUAAAUCAGAGAGAUAACUGAGAGCACUGAGACUCCUCCUCCCUGCAGCGCAUCGUACAGAGCCACGAACUCAGCAGUGUUUACAGCUCAGUUUACCCAGCCGUGAUCUUUCAAAGAAACUCUGCCCAGAAUUUCAAAAAAACACUAAUAAGAUAUCUGUAUUUUUAAUAUAUAGUAUUAUUACUGUCAAGCAAAAACGUUGGCUAUUUUUUGUAGCAUUUUGUAUUGUAUACCAAGGGCUUUGUGUACACUUAGAUUUAACUUCAUGUAGCACUUUUCACAUCUCCCACUGGCGAUUGUGACAAGUUCUUUCAGUUCCUUUCACUAAAACACUUUAAUAUACUGGGAUUAUCAUGUCUGAACUCAUUAUGAGAGUUAAGGAUGUUUGAUAUGAUCAAAAAUUUGACAUGAGACCCAAUAAAAUGGUAAGUUUUCCAGCAAAAAAAAGAAAUGUAAAUUGAAGGUGCAAUAUAAUGCAUUAAUAGUGCAUUAAGUUGUAUGAUUAGUAAAUAUGAUUAGAAAAUGUUUAAAUGCAGUUUAACAAACCUACGUACCACCCUGUUAUUUUGCCUCAGAAUAAAAUAUGAUGGUUUUCUUUUAUAAAGCGCUUAUGGGGAAAAAAUUGAGAAGUUCAUCUUUUAAGUGCCACAACGAUGGCUCACAGUAAAUGCAUAGCAUACCCCAGCUAAGGAUAGAGCUGAAAUAACUCCUUUCUGGGAUUUCUGGAACCCUGGGAUCUUUGUGAUAAGCUAGCUAAGGAGAGUAUAGUAAGGACUGGUAGGGAUAGCUUUUAGCCUAGCUCCCGGUAAGAAGCUAAACUCUAUUGUGGGAGCUCACACAGCUUUCUCUAGUUAUGUGGGUGAAUGUUAGUUGUUGGGGUGUAAGUAUAUUAAAUAUAAUGAGUCAAGACACAACUGUUACAUAACAAUUUUGAUGUUUUUGAAUACUGUAUUUUUCGCACUAUAAGGCGCACUUUCAAUUUUCCCCCAAAUCGUCAGUGCACCUUAUAAUCCAGUGCAUCUUAUGUAUUAAUUUCACCGGUUAGGUUGAAAGGAGCAGUAAAGUUUAUUUUAGUUUAGUUUAGUUCUAUAGUUUAGUUCUCCAGCACUUAAGACUGGAGCAGUAUUAGCAUUAGCUGCUAACCACACUAAGUGCUUCCUCUUUUCCAUUCAAAGGUGAGUAUUAUCGGCCUGUAGCCUGAUCCUAACCCCUCGCUAGCACUGUUGGAGCUGCAGUAGCAUUAGCCACUAAUUGCGCUAAAUGCUAGAUAGCUCUUUAACCAUUCAGAGACGAGUAUGUUAGACUGUAGCCUGCUGCUAACCCUGGCUAGCAGUGCUGGAGCAACAUUAGCAUUACCCUAGCGCUAAAUGCUAAUUAGCUCUUAAGCCUUUCAGAAGGGAGUAUAUUGGACUGUAGUCUGUGUGUUUAUCGUGUUAAAACAAGCUACAUGGGGCAAACCGCUAGCUGAUAUCGCCCUGGGUUACCAAAACACUCAAGGUUCCUCAGAAAUCUGGAAAUCUAAGCUUACUGUAGAUAAAAGAAAAUGAACAGUUUCCAGGAGAGAAAUAUGUGUAGAUUAAUAUCCAGCACUUGUUUGACUUAUAUAAUGCACCUUAUAAUUAGGAGCGCCUUAUAGUGUGAAAAAUACGGUAAGACCAGUGUUUUUGUUAUGAAGGUUUUGGUUUUGAGGGAAGAGACAGCAGUGUUUGAGCUUCACAGCAUGUCAGUUGAAUGUGCUAAUUUCUCAGUUUUCUGCAAAACAAGAUAAGUACAGUUUUUUGAUUCUAGAGCACCUUCUUUAAGUACAAGUGUGAAACAAGUGUGGCACUACGAGGCUGUGAAGCUGUUGACACUAUAGCUGUUGAUACACUCAUUCUGUGUUUGCGUCAUUUUCCUGGAAGUGUGUGUGUGUGUGUGCGUGCGUGUCAAUGUGUUUGCAGACAGGUCGCGUCUUUGUUCUCAGGCUGUGUGUGCAGUGUGUGCAGGCGAGGGCAUCAGCUGAUGCAGCAGCGGGGCGUCAGGAGAGGACCGUAAUGGUGCCAAGUGUUCCAGUGCAGAAUGCAUUAGCCUCAGUGGGUGGGUAUGGGGCUCUGUCUGUGGCUGUGUGUGUCUGUGGUUGUGUGUGUGUGUGUGUGUGUGUGUGUGUUUAUUCAUUGUGGAUUUUUAUGUGGCAUGUGAAAUUGGGAAAUCUGUUGUUCUAGUCCGUAAGUCAUUGGAUUGUUUAACAGUGUUGUACAGAGGCAUUGGGCUAAGGGUUAGACUUAAUGCCAUAUUAGUUCUUUAUCAUUAUGAUUAGUACAUUAUUAUUGGUUAGACCAUAAAAGGGUUAGACCUAGUACCAUAUUAGUUCUUUAUCUUUAUGAUUAGUACAUGUUGUUACCUGAUUUACUGUGUUUUUCUUAAAUAUGUGUAUAACAAAAUAUAUGAAAUAAAAACAAAUGAAGAAGGACUAACAUAAA